GACAAAUGGGAAGCACACCUUUCAUGAAUUUCCCUAUCGAUGCCGCCUAUUCCGGCUCCAGAAUCGCUGCCGCGGCUGAUCGUCUACCACCAGACUCAUCAUGACCCAUCAGGCGCGCCCAUCUCCGUGCUACCACUGAUUACUAGCGGUGUCUCUCACGUCUACAUUGCCGCAAUACAUCUGAAUGAUCCUCCGGAAAACCUUACGCUAAACAAUCAUCACCCAGACCAUGAGAGAAACCAAAUACUUUGGCAAGAAGUUAAGACAUUGCAGGAAGCCGGAAUUAAGUGUAUGGGCAUGCUGGGCGGCGCUGCGAAAGGAAGUUAUGAGAGACUGAGCCGGGACUUCGAAGCAUUCUACAAACCUCUCCAUGACCUCAUACAGACCAAAAAGUUCGAUGGACUAGACCUAGACAUUGAGGAGCCAACUCCAAUUGCUCUCACGCAAAAACUCCUACGACGAUUACAUGGGGAUUUUGGUCCCGACUUUAUUCUUACUCUAGCACCUGUGAUGCCCGCUUUGUUACCUGCCAGGCCGUAUCUCACGUCUUUCUGUUACCGCCUUCUGCACCCUGAGCUACCACCGGCGGGCCCGUUGAUUCGCUCCUUUGUCAAGGCACACCUUCUCGGCUCACACAGACAUCUUAGCGGAUUCAACCAUUUUGAGCUUGAAAGCUCGCCCGAGGGACGUCUAGUGCACUGGUAUAACGUACAAUUUUAUUGUGGCUGGGGUGACGCGGGUGACGAGCGGCUAUACGAUGCCAUCGUUUCUUCCGGCUGGAAUCCAAAGAAGGUGGUCUUGGGAGUCAUCACCAAUCCUGAAAAUGGAAGCGGUCACGUUGAGCUGGACAGACUAGGAUGUUGUGUUGAGAAACUAAAGCAGAAAUAUGGAAACAAUUUUGGGGGCGUGAUGGGCUGGGAGUACUUCAAUGCUGGUGGUAGCAGAGGGAUGAAGCCAGAGAAUUGGGUAAGGGAUCUAGCAAAAAGGCUGGGGAGAGACUUGCCAGAUAAGAAUAGCAGAACCGAAGCUGUAGACUCGUCUACGGCAGCAGAAGCAAAAGCCAAUACUCCCAUACUCAGAUCUUCGGCCGCGGGUCAUGGUCAAAUGGACGUCCGGGAUGCAAGCCUGGGACGACGAGAUGAUGGUGCAUCAGCCGCAACUCAGCCCAGGUCUCCCGUGGCUGGGAGUGAAGAGGAUGACACUAAGGUGCGGCGUUUGGUAGCAAUGGGCUUCGAGCGUGCCGAAGCGCUUGCAGCACUGGAGGCAAUGGGGGGUGAUGUGGACGCAGCGGCAAGCAUCCUUUUCAAUGAAUAGUUUCAGCGAACGAUACCCACGAAUGACUUUGCAUGAAGAGAUUCAAGAACGUGAUGCGUUGGUUUGGUUUGUCUCCUAUUUUCUUUUCUCUUUUCGAGAAGGAUUUUUGCUUGAUUCCCCUUGGAUACAAAUGAAAAGCAUCGAAGUCCAAACAUUUCCCUUAGACGCCACACCCAUGAUCAUGUCGGAUGUUCCCUGGGGCCUUGGCGUACUUCCCUCCGUUAAGCCUCAGGAUGGCUUGCUGUAUAAUACAUUAUGCACGUUGAAAAAG